CUGUCUCAUUGCUGUCUGUUUCUCAAUAAAACUAUGGGGGGAAAACAUUUCUUGACUCCUGCUCCUCUCACAUCAAGUAUUAAUUCAUCAGCAAAACCUAUCGAUUCUUUCCUUAAAAAAAUACAACUUCCAACUUCUUGCCACCAUGAUGUCACCUUGGUGCAAGCCAAUGGCAUCUCAGUUGGCCUCUGUUUCUGCCUUUUGCUCCCCAGGGGCUAACCUCCCAAGUGGUCCAGUUGAGGCCCAGGUCGGCUCGAGUCUGUCCGCAGCUCACAGCCUACAAAGGCUCCCACCUGCCUCACUCAGAGGAGAAGCCACAUCCCUCCAGUGAAUCCUUCAUAGACACAUCCCACCUGGAUCCCCAUCCCUCAUCCCAUCUAUUGUCACACUCGCUGCCCGCUCUGUUCCAGUCACCCUGGCCUUUGCUGCUCCUCAUGCCAGGCACAGAAGCCUUCCAUUUGUUCCCCUCUCUCUCUGCCCAAAAUGUUCCUCCCCAGCCAGCUGGAUAGCCAACCUCCUUACUCAGAUGCUAGCUCCCCUGAGGGACCUUCUCUCACCACCCAAGGUCAUUGACCCCUACCCAGCCUAUGCUCCCAGAGCCACUCUCUGCUUAAUUUUUUCUCCUUAACCAUUGUUACCAUCUGACCCACUGUGUAUUUUAAAUAAUUCUCUGUCUAUUUCAUUCACUAGCACGUCGGCUCCAGUAGGCACAAUUCUGCUUUAUUUACUGAUGUAGUCCCAGGCCCCGGAGCAGUGUAGUUGCAUCCUAGAUGUGCCUAACAAGUGUGUGGUUUGAAUUAAUGCCAAAAGAGCAUGUCACACCCCCCCUUGAGCGUGCUCUGGUGGCUGGCACACAGUAGGCACUCAGGCAAUCCUGUGUGGGUGGGAGGGGCUUAGAGAGCAUCCUCCACCCUCCUCACUUUCAGAAGGACAAGGACAAUGGUGCCCUGGAAGGGAAGGAGGGCCCACUCUAGCUUGGCAGAUGGCCGGUGGGAGCUGCCGUGCAGACAGCAAGCUCCUCACUUCUGCGUCACACGCAGCCUUUCCGAAUCAGGAGGGAAUUCUCUUUCCUGCCCUUUUGAGUGGGGAAAGCAGUCUGCCUAAGAAUGAGCCACAAAGCUGAACUCCUGGGAUGUUCCUGUUUUGAUCCAGUUUUAGCAGUGACGCUGUCCGGGUGUGCUAAGCUGGAACAGUGCGGGCAUUAGGACCAGGAGCGCGGCGCACUCCUGGCUGCGGGUUAUGCCUGGCAGAGGGCUCGCCACUGAGCACGGCAAUGUGUGAAGGGAAAUCAGGCACUGCCUGCCUGCCGCCUGUGCAUCUGUUGAUCUGACCUAACUUGAAGCGUCCAAACAGGGACGGCUGUCAGCUCUGCUUGACUGAGAAUCGCCCGGCUCUCCUCAGUCAUCACUUCGCUGCUGGCCAUUGAUGCAAAGGGGGGAAGACACACGUGGGACUGAACCCCUGAGCAGAAUGGACUGCUUGCUUAUCCCAAGGAGAAAAAUGGGGCGAAGGGGCAGCAAGCAGUUUAAUUUCAAGUCCCUGUGAACAACAGGCUUUCAGCAGGCAAUUAAAGAAAUCCACUCAGCCCAGGUGCAAGGGGGGUCCUGUGGCUUUCUGACCUGAAGUGGAAGCAGGUCUCACACAGGCUAUUGGCAAAUGUCAGAUGGGAGAAAAGGAGCAGGUUUAAGUGACUAGUUAAAGGACUUCCGGGGAAAACGAAGAACCCAGGUGCUGCGCGGUGGAAGAGCCCUGGAGCAGCUCGAGAAGGCAACUUGAACAUGACCUGUUGCUCUUGGAAGGUUGCAGCAACAUGCUGGUGAAGAAGCGGUACCGGCCCGCACCGUGCAGACGCCAGUUCCCCCUGCUGUGCCUGAUGCUGGGAUGUGUCCUGAUGCUAGUGGCCGUCUUGUACCCUCCCCCUCCCACUCCGCACGAGGCUGUCACAGCCCAGGCCAGCAAGCGCAGCUCCGAAGCCAGGUACCGCCUGGACUUCGGGGACUCCCAGGAAUGGGUAGUAGGGGCUGAGGAGGAAGAGGAGGAGUACGGCCUCCUGGAGGACCUGCCACCCUUCAUCUCACUGCGAGAGGAUCAGCUUCUGGUGGCUGUGGCCUCACCCAGGGCCCGAAGGAAUCAAAGCCAGGGCAGGCGAGGCGGCAGCUACCGGCUCAUCAAGCACCUGAGGAGACAGAGUGAGGGAGCCCCAGAGAGGGGCUGGGGGACUGAGGAGGAGGAUAGGCAGGUGUCAAAAGAAGAGGCGCUGAGCCCGCUCAGCCUGGACUCGCAAGGCCUCAACAAGGCACUCAGCUCCCGCCUACCCCUGCAGAGGGUCCUCCCAGAAGUGCGACACCCACUCCAGCAAGGACAACUCAAGUCUGCUCUCAGCGAAUAUGUGGCCCAACUGGAGGGGGUGAAGUUGCUCAGGAGCACCAAGAGGCUGGGUACCAUCAGGGCCCGGAUGCUGGGUGCCACCAGAGCCACAGGGGAUGUGCUGGUCUUCAUGGAUACCCACUGCGAGUGCCACCCCGGCUGGCUGGAGCCCCUGCUCAGCAGAAUAGCUGGUGACAGGAGCCGUGUGGUAGCUCCGGUCAUACACAUGAUUGACUGGAAGACUUUCCAGUACCGUCCCUCCGAGGAGCUGCACUGGGGGGUACUGGACUGGAAGCUGGAUUUCUUCUGGGACCCUUUGCCAGAGCAAGAGAGGAAGGCCCUGCUGUCCCCCAUCAGCCCCAUCAGGAGCCCAGUAGUACCCAGAGAGGUAGUGGCCAUGGACAGACAUUACUUUCAAAACACUGGAGCUUAUGACCCUCUCAUGUCACUGAGGGGUGGCGAAAACCUCGAACUAUCCUUCAAGGCCUGGCUCUGUGGUGGCUCCGUUGAGAUCCUUCCCUGCUCGCGGGUGGGGUAUAUCUACCGAAAUCAGGAAGCACACUCUCCCUUUGAUGUGGAGGCCACUCUGAGGAACAAGGUCCGAAUCGCUGAGAGCUGGUUGGGGCCAUUCAAAGAAAUUUUCUACAGGCACAGCCCAGAAGCCCUCAUCUUGAAAGAGGAUGAGAAGCCAGACUGCACAGAACGCCUGCAGCUACAAAGGAGACUGGGUUGUCGCACCUUCCACUGGUUUCUGGCCAAUGUUUAUCCCAAGCUGUACCCAUCUGAGCACAGACCUAGGUUCUCUGGAAAGCUCCACAACUCUGGGCUUGGCUUCUGUGCAGACUGCCAAGCAGAAAAGGACAUCCUUGGUUGUCCCCUAAUGCUGGCUCCUUGCAAUGACAGUAGAAAGCAACAGCACCUGGAGCACCCUGGCAGGAAGGAGAUCCACUUCGGGAGCCCCCAACACCUGUGCUUGGAUAUCAAGCAGGAGCAGGUGGUUCUCCAGAACUGCACCGAGGAAGGUUCUGCCAUCCAUCGGCAGCACUGGGACUUCCAGGAGAAUGGAAUGAUUGUCCACAUUCUUUCCGGAAAAUGCAUGGAAGCUAUGGCUCAACAGAACAGUAAGGAGUUGUUCUUGAGUCAGUGUGAUGGAAAAGCCAGCCAGCUGUGGCAAUUUGAUGAAGUCCACCCUGUGGAUGAACAAUGAAUCCCAACGUCAGAAGGAAAAGAGGAUUUUGCUUACCGCAGUUCUGCCCCAGAGAGUUAAAGAGCACUUACAUUUCUUCAAGCAGACACUUCCGUGUGUGUGCUCCUGGUUUAGUGGGAAGAAAGUUCUGUGAAAGCAUGUGGGAUGCCUCUUCUUCUCACUGUUUAUUUCAUUGACUGCUGGCUGCUUUAAAGAAAAAAAUGAAAACUGAUUCAUUUCUUUAUUUUUUCAUCAUCAAAGAUGAUCAUCAUAUAGCACAGAAGAUCUUUAAUUUUUCCACCAAACAGUUAACAGUUACUUUUAUCUCUGACAAGAGGAGGUCUGGAUAUUGUCUGGUAGCAUCUCCAGGACACAUCAAUCCAAUGGAUGAAUAUUUUCAAGGAGCCUUAACCUGAAUUGUCUGUAUAGCCAACCAUGAAGAGAAUGCAAUAGUGUGACAUACCCAAAACUUUGGAAUAGUUUUAUUAGGAUGAAUUUCAUGCUCAUUAAAUGAACCACAUCUCAAAGGAAGAGAAGAUACAGAAAGCAUUUAGAGAUAAGAUAAGGGAAAUAUUGGUCCAACUCUCCAGCUCUACCUAGCCAGCUGAAGAAUCAGUAGACUUGGGAUGACAAUCUCACCUUAACGAGAAUUUCCUCAAAACUUUCCACUUCCACUCACCUGGCCUCAUGCCUCUCUAGCUUGGUUAAUCAUAACCAGAUUCCCUUGCCAUAGAUUUCUCAUUAGUCACUGGCUGUUGACAGGAUCUACCAGAUUGAGCAUUCUCAUUAACAAAGGCAUUUACAGUUAACAGACUUUCAUGCUAAUCUGUUACAGCAUUUGCAGUGAAUAAUCAAGAAAUAACCUUUUUAAGGGAGAUACCAGAUUGAGAGCCAUUCUGAGAGAAAACUGGAUUGGGUGUUGUUUUAGUUACUUUUCUCUCAUUUUGCUGAGACAAAACGCCCAACACCCAAAAUUAUGGGAGGAAAAGUUUAUUU